AUGGCAUCCGGACAAGGCCCAGGUCCUCCCAGGCAGGGGUGCGAAGAACCUGACCCCUCCUCCACUUCGGAGGAGCAGGUAGCCCGGGACACCGAGGAGGUUUUCCGCAGCUACGUCUUUUACCGCCAUCAGCAGGAGCAGGAGGCCGAGGGGGCGGCCGCGCCCACUGACCCAGAAAUGGUCACCUUGCCCCUAGAACCUAGCAGUACCAUGGGGCAGGUGGGUCGCCAGCUGGCCAUCAUCGGGGAUGACAUCAACCGGCGCUACGACUCCGAGUUCCAGGCCAUGUUGCAGCACCUGCAGCCAACAGCAGAGAACGCCUAUGAGUAUUUCACCAAGAUCGCCUCAAGCCUGUUUGAGAGCGGCAUCAACUGGGGCCGAGUGGUGGCUCUGCUGGGCUUUGGCUACCGCCUGGCCCUCCACGUCUACCAGCGCGGCCUGACUGGCUUCCUGGGCCAGGUGACCCGCUUUGUGGCCGACUUCAUGUUGCAUCACUGCAUCGCCCGGUGGAUCGCACAGAGGGGUGGCUGGGUGGCAGCCCUGGACUUGGGAAAUGGCCCCAUCUGGAAUGUGCUGAUAGUUCUGGCUGUGGUUUUGUUGGGCCAGUUUGUGGUACGAAGAUUUUUCAAGUCAUGA